GCCAUUUCAGCACGCUAAAUUGAGCACAGCCGCGAGAGAGGGUAGAAAGAUUGAAUGUCGUGAACGUCCAAACCUUUCAGCAAACUGACAAAAUUACUUUGAGGCCUCGGAGUAGUGUUGGGGGGAGGUGAGGAAGGGCAGCGUUACCAGUCGAAAUUUUGUGAAAGCAGGCUUAGGGUAGAAAGAAGUCAUUCUGUGGAUCGCAUAGAAAUACAUGUAUGUAUGUUUUUUCGGGCUACUUUUAACGAUAGGAAAGGGGCCAACCAAACCAAAUUUUACUAACCCUGAAUUCUAAUUCCAACUCACCCGACCCCCCUCCCCCCACUACGUUCUCCAUCUCAUAGGGGUCCACAGAGGAGCAGAGUCAGCCAAGCCAAAGCAAGCGUUUCUUUUCCGGUUCCUUCCGCACUCUGACCGCGCGUAAAUUGGAGCGAGAGCAAAAACUCGACGAAUCCCCUGCUUCGUUAACCUGCUUCGUUGACCUGCUUCAUCGAAUUUAGGAAUAUACUCUCCUCCCAUCGCUUCGACCGGUUUAGGCACCUUAUGGAGCGAUUGUAAACAGUGUCAUGUAACAGUCACGCUAAGUCUACUACCUUCAAUUUACAACCUGCAAGCUGCAACCUGCAAAUUAUACCUGCGGAGGUGAACGUGAGCCUGCAAGGUCCAAGAUGGAGAAACCGGUCGAAGUAAUCGUUAUUGGAGGCGGAAUAAGCGGUCUCUGUGCAGCUAAACUGCUUGCUCUUGAACAUGGCGUGAAUGUUACUGUUUUGGAGGCAAGAAAUCGUGUCGGAGGAAGAACUAACACUUUAGAAGACCCCAAAUUUAAAUACGCUGAUUUAGGUGGAGCGUACGUUGGGCCAACUCAGAACAGAAUUUUACGUGUCGCGAAAGAGUUAGGAGUUCAAACUUACAAAGUAUACAAUGAAGGCAGUAUUGUUGAGUUUCUGGAUGGAAAGAGGCGAGUAUUUUCUGGAGAUAUGUCGACGUGGAAUCCUGUCGCAAUUUUAGAUUAUUACAACAUGAUUCGUACUUUGGAUAAAAUGGGCGCAGAAAUCCCCCUGGACGAACCUUGGAAGGCGCCAAAAGCUUCCCAAUGGGAUAGCAUGACGGUAAAGGAGUUUCUUGAUAAGAGGUGUUGGACAAAUUACGCUAAGAAGCGCAUGGUACAAGUCUACAAUGAUGCUAUGGCCGCAGAACCCGAGGAUAUGUCUUUGUUGUACUAUCUGUGGUACCUCAAGUCAGGGGAUGGAGUUCUUAGGGUCGCUGCUAUUGAGGAUGCCGGUCAGGAAAGGAAAUUCAACGGAGGGUCUCAACAAAUUAGCAACAGAUUAAAAGACAAGCUCGGAGAUAGGGUAAAUAACGUUUCCAUGUAGCUAUUUGGCAGUACGUGUAAUA